AGGCAAGACGGAAGAUCAGCCUUUCUCGAUGCCGUGGUUCUUCGUGAAUUAUCUCCAUCAAGAACCGAAGGUGCGCGCAGCUGUGAAGCGUGCUGACGAAACCUUCAUAGGCAAGCAAAUCCGCCGCUCGUCGAAGCCCUUGGUAGAGUUGAGGACUUUGAGCGAAACAGGGGUCUCCACACGACUGUUGGAAAGAAUCGUGGAAUAUUUCCGGGAAAGGAACGAGCCUGUCGAGUUGCUUUUCGACAAGGACUUCGACUAUAGGAAUCUUCUAAGGAUAUUCCGGAGCCAUUACAACGAAAUCGUGCUCUUUCUGAAGGAGUUUGCUGAAACCGAGGAGCUCGACGAUGAACUCCUUCGAGCCGUCCACGUCUACAUCGAUUAUAUCAAGUUCGAUGAGAUAUUGCUGCGCUUCAGCCCAGAUCUGACGAAAAACCCAUUAUUCGAGAUGAUGCAAGGGAGUGUUGAUAGGGAAUCCUAA